CGGCCUCCCCCACUGCGCCCCUCUCCCCUCUCCCCUUGCCCAUACUGCCCUGCCCCUUCACCUCUCAGUGGGCUGUGCAGGCUGGCAGGUAGGUACUCGGCCCUCCUAGAGAGCUAAGGGGAGCGACCUCCCUCCCCCACUCUGGCACAUGCAUGCCCUGCCCUGCCCCCGAGCUGCAGUUCCUCUGCAUGCAGCUUAGGCAGGUUACCUAGGCUGACCAGGCCACAUGCUGCGCACUCUUGUACGGUGGGCCCCAAACCCAUCCUCGACGACAACCGUCGCUGCUGUCAACCACGACCACGGACAGACCAACCGACACAACCAACCCGACCGUCACCGUCACCGCCACAGACGAGCCCGACGGAGCUCGUGAUGUAGCCUGCCCGCCAUGACCGUCUACUCCUUCUACAUUUUCGACCGCCACACGGAAUGCGUCUUCACCAAGAACUGGCUGCCCCCCUCCCAGCAGGCCGCCCUCCCCGCCUCCGCCGCGGCAGCAGCACAGGUGGCAGCCUCCUCGACGGCCGACGCCCGGCCCUCGACCGCCGUCAACGGCGUCCCGACGACAGCCCUCCCAGCCGCCCCGGCGCCCCCAGCACCACCACCGUCGGCGGCGGCGGCAAAGGCCAGGAGCACGCGCGCCCAGAACGACGCCAAGCUCAUCUUCGGCACCGUCUUCAGCCUGCGCAACAUGGUGCGCAAGCUGGGCGGCGACGACGACGCUUUUAUUUCUUACCGCACCGGCCAGUACCGCAUGCACUACUACGAGACGCCCACCAACCUGCGCUUCGUGCUGCUGACCGACACGGCCACCAUGAGCAUGCGGAACGUGCUGCACCAGAUCUAUAUCAACCUGUGGGUUGAGUAUGUGGUCAAGAACCCCCUCUCCCCCGUCGAGCACAAGGGCGGCGCCGGAAUCACCAACGAGCUGUUCGAGAUGGGCCUCGACCAAUUCAUCCGCGGCCUCCAGUGAGCAGGCGGUAUCGGUAUACCAUUCGACGACGACGACGCACGACAAGGGAUAGAGAGAAUAGUAGUGCAAAGCGGCGCUGGACUUCCGACCACUCAAUGACUCUAGGACUGCUUCGACCUGGGUGGGCUGCUGCGGCACGGCGGCCGGCAUGGCCCGGAUGAACACCCCAAGGGCAAAAGCUGUGUGCUGUUUGUUGUCGACCAACCAGCAUCACAGACACCCGGACAGUCGGGCAGUCAGCGAGACAGCUUGAUCCGAGGGCGGGGAGGGGUUGCCGAGCGUGCUGGGGCCAGCGGCGGUAUCAGGAGGCCAUCCACCCAUCCAUCCCAUACCGCUCUCGACCAGGCAAAGUGUCCGGGGAGGUUGAACAUGGCGACGACGGGGCAAUCCGUGGCAGGCUGGGCAUUAGUAGCCCUGCCACACCUGCCACGACAGAAUAAAGGGAAGCAAGCAGUGUGCAGACGGCGCUCAUCACAGACGGAGAGACACGUAAUAGACAGCCCACACACACCACCACAACCCCCAAGGUGUAAAAGGCUCUAGAUAAUGCCCUAGAUGGAAAAUAGACGAUAAUGAUACAAGGGGAUCCCAGAGCAGGGCCUGGACAAUCCCCUUCCCUCCCUCUCUCCAAAGAUUCCCAUCCGCG